AUGCCCUCCAUCCUUCAACCCAUUAUCGCCAAACAACCACACCCAUUAAUCCUCAAGUCAACUCAUCGCUCCGCAUCCACCACCUCCCUCGAAGCUCACUCCAUCCUCACCACCCUCCUCCAAACCCACAAAUCCGCACCCCCAACAAUCCGCACCCAGACCCUCGACCCAAACCAGCUCCAAAAACUCAACCUCACUCUCUCCCGUCCCUCCUCCCACAUACUCCCAAAUCCCUCUAUCUUGAUUCCCCCAGGCUACCACCAGAUCUACUUCACCCCCGCCAUAUCCCCCCAGGAUCUCGGUCCCGACGGCGCAGACAUCUCUUACAACCCUCCACCCCCGUUCACUCGGAGGAUGUGGGCUGGUGGGCACAUUUCGUGGAAUCAGGAGAAUCUACUCAGGGUGGGAGAGAAGGUACGAGAGAGCACGCGGCUCAUCUCAGCGGCAGCGAAGAGGGGACGGGGCGGGGAAGAAAUGUUGGUUGUGGGUGUGGAGAAGGUGUUCGAGAAUGCGGAGGGGUGGGGGUUGGUGGACAAACGGGACUGGAUCUUCAGGCGGCCGUUGUCUGAAGAGCAGAAAGUUAGUGGGGUGAGCCAGGGUGUGGUGGGCCGGGGAGAGGAGGUGUCGUUGCCGGAAGCUGGGGAGGGGGUGAAGCAGAGGGAUUUUCUCCAGACGCCGGUGUCGUUGUUCAGGUUUUCGGCGUUGACUUUUAACGCACAUAUGAUACAUUAUUCGCGGGAGUGGUGUAGGGAGGUCGAGGGGCAUAGGGACUGUGUCGUGCAUGGACCUUUGAACUUGCUGCUCAUGUUGGAUUUGUGGAGAGAUGGGAGAGCGCGAAGGGAGGAUCAUGUGAUGGUACCCAAGAGCAUUAAGUAUAGAGCUACGGCUCCGUUUUAUGUGGGUGAGAAAUACAGGGGGCUGCUUGAACCGACAAGCGAGGGGAAGGCCAGCGUGAAGCUAUGGGGGAGAGAUGGGGACGGAGGAGUGAGAGUUGGUAUGAUUGGGGAGAUUGUGGAAUAA